AUGGUACUGCUGAAUCUACAUCCACGGAGGUUGGUAAGGGUGGAAAACGUAAGAAUCGAACGGAUUGAAUGGGCACGCUUGACAGGCGAACGUCCCCGCAAAGCCGGUUGCAAUUCGCGACUCGGUGAGCACGGGUUGCACGUCCGUCCUGCUAUUGCCCGCAUAACAACAACAGACGGCGCGAGCGGCUUUGGAUUUUCACCCAUUUCUCGUGAAAAAGCGCAAGCGAUUGUUGGGUCUCAACUCAGUGAUGCCUUCGAUGCCGAGACUGGUGUCACCGAAGAAUUCAGAAUGUUAGAGUACCCGCUCUGGGAUCUCGUAGGAAAGUUGGCGGAAAAACCGGUUUACGCGAUGCUUUCGGGAGAAAACGGAGCGUUUCGCGCCCCGUGUUACGAUACCUCGCUUUAUAUCGAUGAUUUGCACCUUGAAGACAAUGCUGAAGCGGCGGCACUCAUUGCGUCUGAGGCAUUAGAAGGAAAGGCACGCGGACAUAAUGCUUACAAAAUCAAAGUAGGGCGCGGUGCGAUGCACAUGCCACUCGAUAAAGGGACCCAACGAGAUAUUGACGUUAUCCAUGCUGUCCGAGAGGCAGUGGGACCUGACGCAUCGAUUUUGAUAGAUGCAAACAACGGCUAUAAUCUCAAUCUCACUAAACAGGUAUUGGGCGGAACAGCAGACGCGAACGUCUAUUGGAUGGAAGAGGCGUUCCACGAAGAUGCCCGUGUCUAUAGCCUGCUGAAAGAAUGGCUAAAUGUCGAAGGUUUAGAAACCCGCAUUGCCGACGGCGAAGGCGGUGCUUCACCGAAUUUGGUGGACUGGGCAAAAGAUGGACUCAUUGACAUCGUCCAGUACGAUAUUUUCUAUCCCUGGCUUCUCACGCUGGCUUGA